AUGUACGGGAAAACGUGGACCGUUCUGGCCUUGAUGGCGAUUUUCGUGGGGGCCGCCAUGUCUGCACCGGACAUUGUAGAAGAGGAAUUUGACUUCGAGUAUGCUGACGAACCCACCACUGCAAACCCUGGACCAGGCACCACAGAAGACAAUGGUUCAGCAGCGUUGUCAGGAUCUUUUGUCACAGCAGUUCUCUUGGCUACAGGAGUCAUUAUGCUAUGUAAGUAUGACUGA